UUCGUCCGUUCUGAUCCAGGAAAACCGAUUAUUUCAUGGUUAUAACCGUCCGCGAAUCCUUGAGUUGUGAUCAUCAUUUGAAAAUCGAUGGCGCAAGUACAUAGCGGUGUUGUGAACAAGCUGUACAAAAGUGUCAUUGACGAUGUGAUUUCACGCACCCGUGAUAUCUUCCUCGAUGAAGGUAUCGACGAGCAGGUUCUUGUGGAACUGCGUUCGCUCUGGGAGCAAAAGCUUGCUCAAACCAAAGCCGUGCUUGAUGAACCACUAGAACAUGAUUCCAAGCCGGAUGUGAAAUCUACUAAAGCUGCGAAAGCUGCAGAGGCUAAAGCUGCUGCAGCAGCAGCUGCCGCAGCUGCUGCUUCUUCAGCCUCAGCCGCAUCUGGAUUCGAAGUACGCGCUGAACAACCAGCCAGUCAGCAGCCAUCAUCCAUUCAGUUGAUUCCUGUUCAAAUUAAUAUCCCGAUGUCUACCGGAUCCCCGCAAAACUCGGUCAAAACCAUCACGAUUCAGGUUCCAUCUACGUCGCUUCAAACUGGAGCAUCGCAAUUGCAAACCAUUCUCAGCAGCCCAGCCGCCACCGCCGCCAUGGCAUUGCCAAUUGAAACCGCCACGGAUGUGUUGCAAAAGCUUAUCAAUCAAGCAUUACUACGAAGCGUGGACAACGUAUCUCAGCUGGAUGGCGCUAGUUUCAUUCCGACACGCCGCCGACAUCGAAAAAAGAAAAAGAAAAUCAGCGUAGUUUUUCAAUUCGACGGAGCGCAAAUGGAUUCCAGUGAUGACGACGAAGACGACGAGAUGCAAGAUGACGAGGAGGAUGAGGAUGAAGACGAUGACGAGGACGACAAGGAGAAAGAUAAGCAAAAGGGCGAUAAAGACUUGAGGUCGGAUGAAGACGAAGACGUGCACGAGGAAGAAGAAGAGCCUCUCAACUCUGAAGAUGAUCUUACCGACGAGGAUCCAGCUACAAUUUUCGACACGGAAAACGUGGUCGUGUGUCAAUACGAUAAGAUCUCACAUGCUCGGAAUCGGUGGCGUUUCAACUUCAAGGACGGGAUUAUGAACCUUGUUGGACGAGAUUACGUGUUCCAACGGGCUGUGGGUGAUGCUGAGUGGUGAUGAGUCGUGCUUCUUCGUUUUUGUCUUGUUCCGGUCGGUGGCAUGGCUACAGUGAAGCUGAGUUUGCGUGCAUGAAGUUACAAGGAGAUGGUUUCCACUCAUUUUUUGAUGAAGUCGCCUGUCUGGAGCACUUAUGAUUUACAAUCUGUUUUAUUCAUUUCGAAUUUGCUUAGUCAAUGGUGAAACGCUGUUCGAGGAGAAAAACGCUCAGGAAAAAUCACCAUUUGAACUGAUUUUUGUUUACUGGAAUAAUUUUUCGUUCUUCCGAAACUUCUGUCCUGUAUCCGAAUGUAUGGCGUUAUUUUAGAAGUGGAUUAAGGCAUCAAUUUCACGCCUGCGGAUUGCUUUUUAUGGAAUGAAGUAGCAAAAAAAAAAAUCAGCAGUUGCGAGAAGUACUGAUUUAAAAUCAUUGCACUCUGAGAAUUCCUGGUGGUCAAUUUUGGAUUAAUCUGCUUCCAAAAUCGUGCUGAAUUCCGGAAAACAGAUGAUGAAUUUCAAAUGAUGAUGCUAAUUUGAUGGGAGUAAUAAUUUUUUCAUCGAAUUAUUUUUUUCUGUGCGCUUUACUCCUUUUCACCAGUUAAACAUAUCGCAGCGGAUCGAUUCGAAAUGAUCCACUCAAGUCUCUUCGUAUAGUGCUGACCUCGAAUGAAUUUCGGUGUGGAUUUCUUGAGCCCUUCCCCACGCGAAACAACGGUUCCCUGAACUUUAAAAAAUCUUUCAUUGAAGGAAUUCAAUGAAUCGUCUGGCAUUAUCCGUCGCGAAGCUGAAUUUAAUUUUACUGAAAGAAAGCGAGAAUUCCGAGAAGUUUCUGGGAGCGUGUCUUAUUUUAGCGGUGACCAUCGUUUCUCGGUUUUUUUAUUACUUCGUACUCAAAUGAAAUUGUCGCGUGAAAGUGUGGAUGCUACUUGUUUAGUUUUUAUUCCAAUGCGUCGCAAUUUUUUUUUCGUUGCUUGGGAGUGAAAGAGAGUGAGUGAACGUCGAA